GAGCCAGUUGGAAAUCCAUAGUCAUAGCCAGAGUGCUACCCAUGCGGCUGCGAGUGACUCGUUUUCAUGGCUACAGCCGCUCAAACGCGCAAAGCGUUGAUUGGAGCGACACGGACACGGGACUCGUACUGCACGUACACAGUCAACGUUCAAACUGCACAAUCCGCAACCGCAACCUACCUGUUUUCGAAAACGAAGCGACAGUGGUUCAUGCACAGUGCCAUCGCCUUCAACGUCAAAAUGGAACACAAAGAUUAUUACUCUAAAACUGGUAAAACGUCGACUGCUUCAAGCUUUCGUAGACUGUCUCGAUGUGUAAACGGCUCGGAAAUGCGGUACCCGACACACAACUGUCCUCUCCCGUUCACGUGCUACAUAUUCACAUUGAUUGAUUGAUUUUUAAAAGAAAAAAAAACAUUUUGGUUUUCGGCCUUGAACUUGAAGUAUGCUUGAAGCUCGGCUUGCGAGCUUGACGAGCGUUUCCACGUGACCACCAGAGCCGGCUCUGGUGACCACGUUACUUUAGCCCUUUAGCCCAGCGCGGCAGCACAGCUGAAUCGCUCCGCCAAUCAAACAUUUGCGUUAGCGACAUCGUGGAACCAGUGGAUUGUGGAGUUGGUGAUGGAGGGUACACGUGAGUUGUGAGAGCCGGUGAAGAGUGUGACCUGACAUGAUCUGCUGCCAACAGACCGAUGACUGACAAAAAAACGCUCGUGUUGGGAAGCAGUACAUAUAGCUUCUAAAGGACGAUGUCAUCUCAUAAACUUGCGUCAUCUGUGAACUUCACAGCAUUCGUAGUAGUGGGAUUACUCGUUUGUCUGCUGGUGUUGAUCCGUGUGGGCAUCGAAUCUCUCUUCCAAGAAAAGAAAAAGCGCAAGGAACGGAAAAGCCCUCCGUCAUGCAUGACCGAUCCGAAUCUUGGUGUCAAGCAUCAGUAUAUCACUCUAGACGAUAUCACCUUACACUAUGUAUCAGCUGGAAACCCAAAGAAUCAGCUCGUCGUAUUCUUGCACGGGUUUCCCGAUUUUUGGCUCACUUGGCAGAAGCAAAUUACGGAGUUCAAGGAGGACCACUGGGUUGUGGCACCUGACAUGAGAGGGUACGGUGAAUCGUCAAAACCGGCUGAGGUCUCACAGUACAGGCUGUUGCUGCUGAUGGAGGACGUCAAGGCCCUCGUUGAGAAGCUAGGAGAAGGACGUAAGGCAAUCCUGGUUGGCCACGAUUGGGGCGGAGUAGUGGCGUGGGCAUUGACGGCGUCUCACCCUAACCUUGUUCACCGUCUUGUCGUCAUCAAUUCUCCACAUCCCGAUGCUAUGCGUCAGUUGCUGCAUUCCAGCUUUGACCAGAUGAAACGUUCAUGGUACAUGAUUGCCUUCCAGUUUCCCAAAAUGUCUAGGAUGCUGUUUGAGAGAAAUGACUUCGAACGCUUAGAAGAAAGCCUGGGAAAAUACGGCAAGGAAGAAGUGGAAGCCGUGAAAUACGUGUUUUCACUUCCAGGAGUGCUGCAGUGUGCCAUGAACUACCAUCGCGCAAAUCUCAACUUUGACACUGGCAUACCUUCCGGAUAUAUAAUGGUGCCAACGCUGAUACUUUGGGGCGAGAGAAGCAUGUACCUAUCGAAGCGCCUGGCGCAUCUCAGCAUACGGCGGGCCUUGGGGCGGGUGGAGCUGCUGCCAACAGCGGGACAUUGGGCUCAUCGCGAGUGCGCUGUGCGUGUCAACGAUCACAUUCGUUCUUUCCUUCAAAGCAGUGGUCCUUGAAGGAGGAAAUCCUUGCUGCUCUCUUCAACUGUGUCGUUAAAGAGUCGCUGUUUGUUGGUCCCGUAUAUUGAACAAUAGUGAGAGUAGGCAAGCUGGUCGGCUGUUUACAGCAGGAACAAAAUGCACAGAUUAAGCAUGAUACGUAGGCAUGAGCCACAACGGUACCUAGGGUUUCACAUCUGUAUGGUUUUAAAAAUGCCAAAGAUGAUUGAGAUUCAUUUGUCAAACACAUUUUAGAAUUGUUUUCAUCAUUUACGUAGGGACACAGGAUUACAUUGGUGACUUGCCACAUUACACUUUCUUAUCAACAUGGUGUUGUGAUUUUUACCAGUCAUUUAAAAACUGUAACACCAUAACUGCUCAAUAAUUUCACAUUUAACAUCAUCUACAUUCGUCCGCUCGGCUGCUGAAAAAAAAAAGCUCUCAGGACUCAGGAAUAAAAAUUUCGAUACUUUCAGUGGAGGAUCGUUGAGGUAACGGCUUUGGCUUUCACUAAGGCAAAAUCAACGAUCUCGUUUCAUGAAUUUAAUAAGCACAAAAAAUGUGCACUUCUUUUCUUCUCCAUAAAAUUAUUGCACUCAUUACAUGAUACUGUGUGACUUGUACAAUUUGUGUGUGUGUGUAUCAUUUUUAAUUUUGAAUUGUUUGUGCACACAUUUUGUGUGUAGAUUUGAUGCAGCUGUUCACGCACAACAAAGUCUACGUAUGUCUUGUUUGUGCCAAAUGAAAUGCGCACUCCAGUUUUGCAUGCAUUUGGUGCAACCCUAGCACACAGUGGAACCAUCUUGUGUUGUUCACUUGGGAACUUACUUGUUUGACACUUUGAAAAUGCCCAUCUUAUGGUCAGGAUCAAGCACUCAUCACCCAUUGGUCAAGGACCAACCCGUGAAGUCUAAUAGCGUCGUUAUUAACGUUUUAUUUCAUGGAGUUUUAAGUGCUAUAUAAGUUAUCACAUAUACUGCUAUCAGGUCAGGUCUUCACUCGUUCACUGGGCAUACUGUUCGUUCACGUUAUGAAUACUCGUUCAAACCCAUAGCUCAGCAUUUAGGGCCUCGAAAAUUCACGAUCACAAUCAUCUGAUAAGGCGUGAGUUCAGCCGCGGCUACAAACUCGUGAAGGUCGACAUGGCGUAUCGGUGAGCUCGAUCAUACUGCAUAUUAGCACACUCACCAGAUGACACCACACCUGCUCUGUUUAGAAGUGUGAUGUUAUCUGCUGAGCGCACUAAUAUGCGUCAUGAUCGAGCUCACCGAUUGUGAUUGUGAGAUUUCUAGGCUGGAAAUGCCGAGCUAUGUUUAAACCUUAACUCCAAAAAGUUUACAGCUCUAUUCUUUGCUUGCAGAGGUACAUAUUUUGUAACCGUUUCCCUUCGUUUAUAUUAUUUUUAUGACUCUACACUUUUUGUCUCCCUGCACUGUGUACUGCCAUGAGGGAAUAAAGGUAUUUGUUUGUUAUCACUAA